AUGCAGGUGAGACCAGCAGCAGCAGCAACAGCAGCAGCAGCAACAGCAGCAGCAGCACAGCAGCAGCAGAAACAGCAAAAGCAGCAACAGCAACAGCAGAAGCAGCAGCAGCAGCAGCAGUGGGGGACCCUCAUGCCAUUUUUGCUGCCCCACAAUGAUUUACACGAAGAAAGGGACGAAAGAGAGAAAGAAUAUGCGAAGAACAAAGAAGAAAUAAACCGAAUGCAGCAGGACCUGAAAAAACUCCAAACGAAAAAGGAGAAGCAGCAGCAGAAGUGCUACUGA